GCAAAAAAAAACGUAGAAAAAGCAUCAUCUCAUCAAUAUUUUUAUAUUGUAAAGUCUACGAAAAUGGGUCGUAAAAAAAUGCUCUUAGAAACAACGCCAGAUUUAGAUUUCAUCAAGGGCGGCCGCCUGAAUAUGGUAAUUCAUCGUGAAAAGGAAGAUUUUACGCCGAUUUCCACUGAACCUGAUUGCUUUUUUAAUGACAAGCGCAUUAUUCGAGCCGAAAAUAUGGACAACGUCACCUUUAAAGAUUGUGUGUUUAAGGUUACGCUAGAUUUUAUGAUGCCGAUUGAGUGCAUGGAGGAAACCGCUGUGCGGGAAACUACGGAUUGGGUGCUUUGCUCGUGUAGUGCUACGGACGCGUUUUACUCGAAAACGGAGGCACGCUUAGUCCUACAGCAGUGUAGAGUAUCAUUAAAAAGUAACGUCCAGAAACUGACAACACCGUUUAUCAUGAUAUUAUGUUUUAAAGAAAAGGAUGUGUGGGUGGUGGAGAGAGUGCUCCGAUGAGCUGAACAACAUACAAUACUUUGGGGGUUGUUUUUGUUUUAGAGAAAGAGAUUCACAAUGAGAUGUAGGUUUUACAUCUUUCUUAGUAGAUUUUAAGUUCACUUUGCCUUUUUACACUGCUCCUAACCCAUUUAUACAAAAGGGUCGCUUGACAUUGUCUGUUUCCCUCGUGUUUAUUCUUAGGGGAAAAAAAUGUUUUACAGCAUGUUGUUACAUACUUU